AUGCACCCGGCCAUGGCGCUGGGGCUGGUCUUCGGGGGUUGUUGCAGCAACGUGGUUUUCCUGGAGUUCUUGGUGAGGGAGUUUCCAGGAUGUGGGAACCUAAUCACGUUUGCUCAGUUCUUAUUCAUAGCCUUCGAGGGCUUCGUCUUCGAAACCAGCUUUGGAAGGAAACGGCCUGCUAUACCAAUCAGGUUCUACCUGGUCAUGGUGGCCAUGUUCUUCACGGUCAGCGUGGUGAACAACUACGCCCUGAACUUGAACAUCGCGAUGCCGCUGCAUAUGAUAUUUAGAUCGGGGUCUCUGAUAGCAAGCAUGGCGCUGGGCAUUAUUAUUUUGAAGAAAAGGUACAGUGUCUCCAAAUACGCCUCCAUUGCCCUGGUGUCUGUGGGCAUCUUCACCUGCACCUUCAUGUCUGCAAAGCAAGUGAGUUCUGAUUCAAACCGAAGUGAAGACGAAGACGGCGUCUCUGCUUUCUUGUGGUGGCUGCUAGGCAUUGCGGCCCUGACGUUCGCCCUCCUGAUGUCCGCUCGGAUGGGGCUCUUCCAGGAGACGCUGUACAAGCGGUUCGGCAAGCAUUCGAAGGAAGCAUUGUUCUACAACCAUGCGCUGCCCAUCCCUGGAUUCCUUCUCCUGGCUCCUGAUAUCUACAGGCACGCAGUUCUCUUCAGCCAGUCUGAACUGUUCCAAGUCCCAGUGUUGGGCCUGAGCUUGCCCAUCAUGUGGUUCUACCUCAUCAUGAACGUUAUCACUCAAUACGUUUGCAUACGGGGGGUCUUCAUCUUGACCACCGAGUGCACCUCCCUGACCGUCACGCUGGUGGUGACGCUGCGGAAGUUCGUCAGCCUCAUCUUCUCCAUCCUGUACUUCCGGAACCCUUUCACCCCCUGGCACUGGAUUGGUACCCUCUUUGUUUUCAUGGGGACUCUGAUGUACACCGAGGUGUGGAACGGCCUGGGACCUCGGAUGGACCCGGAAAGGAAGCAGGACAAGAAGCAGGAGUGA